UCCCGGUUUGUGAUAAAAAUUUCGUCAAUAAUUCAUUUGGAUUAAAUCACAGCUUUGUGUUAAGAUAAGUUUCCUUAAGUAAAGAUACGCCUUGACCAUGUUAAUAAUUUCGUUAUUUUUUGUAAUUUUUGGUUCUCAAGUGCUGUGUUUUAAUUUCGAUUUGGAUUUUCCGAUUAUUUUUAAAGAUCCUGAAGCAAGAAAUUCUUCUAAGACUUACUUCGGAUAUGCCAUCGCCAUGUAUCCUGGGAAUGGUAUGGGGGCUAAAAAGUGGAUUCGAAUAGGCGCUCCCAAAGCUAAUGACUCAUUUCAUUCUACUGUACCCGAACCAGGUAUGGUUUAUGACUGUGAAGUUUCAAUUGGCUGUAAACCUAUGUUUUUUCCACGUCAUAAUGAAGUCAGAAUUAAAGAAAUUUGGAAUAAGGGAUGGAUUGGCGGUACUAUGGAUAUAUCUUAUACCAAUGAAAGACUUGCAGUAUGUGGUUUUCGACGAUAUUACGUUAUACAUAAGGAUUAUAAUGCCAUGGGUACUUGCUUUUGGUCAUUUCUAAAUUCAACUAAUUUCAAACUUAUCACACCUUUACUAGAUUCUGACAAAACUACUGACACAAUUAAUAGUAAAACUUUUUACCUGUAUGGUCAAGGCCAAGCUGGAUUCUCAGCUCAUUUUCCUGAGAAUAGUAACGAAUUAAUUUUGGGAGCUCCAGGAGUUUUUAACUGGGCCGGUACCCCAUUCAAAGUGUCGGAUCGAAUUAAUUCCGACCCACCAUCAAAUAGACGAAAAAGGGAUAAUAUAGAUCCAUUAGAUAUCGUCGAAGUACCUAAUGUCGUACAAAGUGAAGCCAACGGUUUGUUUGGUUACAGUGUUACAUCAGGUCAUUUCUAUGGUAAUGAGAUUCUGUAUUACGUUUCUGGUAGUCCGAAAGUGUCUGAUUAUAGAGGAAAGGUGCAAAUCUUUACUUUUAAUGGAAUCCAUGCUAUCCAUAAAAAAGAGCACAGAGAAGGUCAGGAAUUAGGUGAAUAUUUCGGGGGUUCACUUGCCAGUGGAGAAAUCAACGGUGAUAUUUAUGAUGACCUCUUGGUAGGAGCGCCGUAUUUCUCAGGAAAAACAUACAAUGAAGGAAGAGUUUAUAUUUUCUUAGGAGGAAAAGGAAAUCUAAAAUCGCCUACCAUUUUGUCUGGUAAAAAUAAGGGCGCCCAAUUUGGAGCAGCUAUUAUGUACAUGGGUGACAUAAAUAGGGAUGGAUUUGGAGAUGUGGCUAUAAGUGCUCCCUUCGAAAAUGAUAAUACGGGUACUGUUUACAUUUUCAAAGGCACUAGCCAAGGAUUGCAGAUGGAACCGUGUCAAAUAAUUAUUGGAAAAGACAUUUCACCGGAUAUACUGGGUUUUGGAAUUACUAUUUCUAAGCCAAUUGAUAUGGAUGAUAAUGGGUAUGAAGAUGUAGCAAUUGGAGCUCCUCUGUCAGACAGCAUUGUAUUUCUAAGAAGUAGACCAUUGGUAGUUGUGCAUUAUUCUUUCAGCUCAGAUCCUAAAGUAUUAUCGAUAGAUUUAAGAGAGUUUACCAUAAAUAUUUGUUUUUCUUAUGCACAGUUCCAAGAAAACCAAUUAGAUCUAACGUAUAACAUUAUUGUGGACAAGAUAUUAGGGAGAGCAAAUAUAGAAACGAGUUCAAGUAUUUCGCAAAAUAUUUCAAUUAUGCAAUAUUUUGAACCUCAUUGUGAGAAGAUAAACGUCACUAUUAAGGAUUCUCUAGAUUUAGACAUCAGUACACCAAUCAAAGUAUCUGUAUCUUACGCCCUAAACUAUCCAGUAACUAACAAAUCUGUAACAAUAAUUUCGAAUGGGGUACAACAAGAUAAUGACAUGUUGUGUAUCAGAUGUCCAGUGUUGGACAUAUACAAAUCCAACGAAACUUUUUUUGAAACUGACAUUCCAUUUAGUUUGGGCUGUGGAGCAGACAACGAAUGCCAUUCUUUUCUUACUAUCGAUUUGGUUUUUCCUGAUUUAAGUGAAGAAACAUUCGUUCUGGGAUCAAGCAAUUAUCUAAAACUGCAAGCAAAUAUAGAAAAUACACAAGAAAAUGCGUAUUCCACCAAACUGUAUUUAGUUCUGCCAGAGUCCGUGUAUUUUAGACAAACUCCGAACAAAUGUAAAUCAGUAAAUGAAUCAGCUUUGCUGUGCGACAUUGGCAAUCCUCUGAAGCAGUCAGAGAAUAGAUCGAUUGAUUCAUUAGAAAUAGAUGUUAAAAAUGUAAAUAAGGACUUCGAUAAAGAUCAUCUAGACAUAUACUUAAGGACCAUAACCUCUGGCAAUAAUACUAACGAUGAUACACUUAGAUAUUCUUUAAAAUUUAGAAGAGAAGCUGAUAUAACUAUAUUUGGAACAACUCAACAAGAAAUGAAUUAUUUUGGGAACAGUUCUAAUUCUUCAUCUCUUACACAUAUAUACAAAAUAGAAAAAUACGGCGUCAGUUCUUUGGAAAAAUUAAUAGUAAAAAUCCAAGUGCCUUUCAAAUACAAAACAGACGAACGAGAAAUCACUUUUCUCGAAACUUCGGGUGUAGACGCGUAUUUCGGAGGCCAACCUUUUACAUGCGAAGUCGAUGGUACAACGGUACAAAAAAAAAUCAUACCCAUAGACUUUGAGGAUAAUCUUCUCAGAAGACGAAGAGACGUAGAAGUUUUCCGAAAUAUAUCAGAGAAGAAUAAAAAGGAAGAUUUGAAAAUUAACGAUGAAGAAGUAACAAUUGCAAAUAAAACUCUAUUUUUAAACUGUUCUACGCCUGAGAUGGUGACUUGCUUUGAUGUCAUUUGUAAUUUCGGACCUUAUGAUAAAGAAAAAACGCCGGCUUCCAUCCAGCUGAAUAUGAUGGUUAAUGUGACAAUGCUAGCAGAAUUUGCCGAAACAAUGGAUAUGGUGCUAAUAUCAACGAAUGGACAAGUCUUGAUUGAUUCUCCUAAAAAUUUCAUUCAAAAUGGAGAUAGGGAAGAUUCAGUCGUGAUUUCAAGCGUUUUUAUAAAUGACAUCCUUAAAGCAGGCAAAGUGGCAUUAUGGAUCGUAAUACUCGCUGUAAUCUUUGGAUUGCUGCUGCUAAUUCUCCUAAUACUAUUAUUUAUUAAGAUCGGAUUCUUCAAGAGAACGAAAAAAGAAGAACUUAAGAAUUUAAAAGCAGCUGCUGUUCAGGAAGACAAAAUAAUGGAAAUUAUACAAGGUAGCCAGGAACAAGAAGAAUGCGGUGAUGAAAUAGUAGAGUUAGAUCCACCUUUCGAAAAUGAAGUGAAUUCGUCUAAAGAAGAUCUUUGCGAAAAAUAAACAAAAAAUAAUUCUCAUAUACCUCUACUCUAUUCUGUAUAAGCCUCUGAAUAUAGUAUAUACUUAAUACUAGAUAGGUAUUUUGUGUAAAACAAAUGCUACAGUCGUAUUAAAUAGGACAUUGUGAGCAUUAACUUACAAGAAUUAUAGAAUAAGAAAUUUAUUGUCAUCAAAAAGUUUUAAUUAAUAACCUCAAAACUGACCAUAUAAACAUUUCCUAAGUAUAAUUUCAAGGUAGUAGCACUAGUCAUGAAAAGUAACUGAAAGUAUGAUGGUUUAAAUUAUCAGGCAUAAUUUUAUUUUUUCCAUGCUACUAGACUACAUUCUUAAUAAAAGGCUGUAAAUAUUAUGUAACCCUAUAGAAAAAUUAAUUAGUAUUCAAAAUUCAAGACUAUGAAGUUAAAAAUUAGUAUACUUUUUAGUCAUCUAAUAUCCAAAGUCGCGUUGACGCCUAUUAUACUACUACGCCAUGUUUAAAUUGUAAUUAUCUAUAUAAGCAUGGUCGGCCAUUAUGCCAUUGCAAUUUGGGAUGUAAACAAACAUAAAAAAGGAUUAUAAAGCCUCAUAUUAAUUUUCUAGAAACAAUUCAUAUAUAACUCGUUUAAUUCGCGUUUGAAUCAUCAACUUUUUAGUUUAUCUAAAUCUAAAUUAAUUUUUUUUAUUUUUGUUUGAUUUUGAGUUUUGGCAUAAAGCAAUAGUACAUUUGACAGUAAAAUAAAAUGCAUUGCUAAUUUCUGUUAUUGAAAUGGUUAUUUUGCGGCAAUAUAAAUAGGGUGUCUUGAGCAUAAAAAUACAACAUUCUGAUAUGAAAUGCGGUAGUAGUUUUCAGAAAGUUUUCUAUAAGUGUCUAUUUUGGCCAUAAGUAAUUAAUUGGUUAAAAUAUUUACUAUUUUCUAAACACCUAAAAUAUCUACGCUGCGCGAAAGGGCGUAGCUGUGUUAAGGAAACGACCAACUGCUACCUAUAGUUAGAACUGCAACGUUUAAAAAACCCAAAAAUGAUUAACCAAAUUGAUGCAAAACAGGGUUGUGACAACGGUGUAUUGAUGUCAGCCACGCAAUUUAUGUUUGGUUGCGCAACUUUUUUAAUCACGUCGCCGUAUCGUUAAUGACCUGCGGAAACCUUGGAUGUACAGAAAUUAAGUCGGCGAAAUAAGCCUACGAUAUUUGCUGGACUUGCUUCGCUUACGCAACUUCAGAACUUACAAAACGGUAUUCGUUACAAAGUUGGAAAUUCAAUUAUUAUUGCGGCUUUAGGAAGUUCUUCGAAGCCAGUUUGCUGAAAUGGAAAAGAUACACAUCCUAACGAAUAGAAUUCAACCUUAUAAAGGCCAAAUUUUUCCUCGGAAUGUCCCAAAUUAUUUAUUAUUUUGUUGUGACUUCGAGGAUAACGAAUUAAAUCUUACUGAUAAUGAAAGGAUUCUACCUUAUAUUCUCCAAAAUUCGGACGACCGGUGCAAAAAAUAAUACAAUCAAGCCGCCACUGGCUCAAGUACUAUGAUUAUGACCGGUUCACUUCAGACGGAUAUCUUAAUUUUUAUAUUCGAAAUAUUCCGUAUUUUUUCACUUCCCUACCUGUUUUGGCAUAGUUAUGUGAAAACACAAUUAUUAACUUAAUACAAUUUUUGUUAAAAUAUGCUUAUAACUUUCAUGUUAAAAGAUUUAAUUCUCAAAAGUAUCUGUAAAACCAUUAAAUUUUUUCUAAUUUAAAUAAUUAUAUUUAAUCUUCGAGCCUAUAUAUUUCAUAGAGUCCGCAUUCAACAGCGUUUGUUUAGGUUAAGAGGGGAAAUGUGUAGACACUAUUACCAGUGUCGCAUAAUUUUUACGGGGUUUGCAAUUAAUAAAAAUAAAUUUGAUACAUACCUUCAAAAUUCUUUAAAUUAUGCACAUAUUUUAUAAACUUGCAUUAUUUAAGUACGUAUCUAGUCAAGGGCAUCCCCCCCUCCCGAGAUGAAAAUUGUUCCGAUUUAUGGGCUAUUUAUUCAAAAAAAAAUAUGCUAAAAAGGGAAUGGCUAAAGCCAAUGCACCAACUCUCAGCAUUGUUAAAAUUUGUAUCACUAAAGUAAUAAAAUACAAAAAAAUCACUUAUAAACUACAAAAAUAAGUUAGAAAUUAAUGAAAAUCAAAUGACAGUUCGAAUGACUUGACAUGUCAAGCAAAACGAAACAGACCAAUGAGAAUGCUAGACACUAUUUUUUCCCCUGUACCAAAACAGUCCAUUUGGACGAUGGCUCUAGUUAUAUACUCGAAGUAUUUAAUUAACAAGUAAUAGUAAACACAAAUUGUUAUGAGUUAUCCUUAUACAUAUCACUGAUCAAACAGUCAUUUAAAAAAAAGAAGAGUUUUACGAUACGGUGAUUUUUAAAAGGACUACUUUAGAAACUUUUGUGAAUCACAACAAAAUUAGACUACUUUAUGUAGAAAAUGUAUUAAACAUUCCUAAAAAUGUAUCGAUAUUAUAAAAAUACUUAUUUGAAAUAAAAC